UAUUUCAAGUUAUUUACUAACGUUAUGGCUACCUUUGGACUAAGAUUAUAUUUCUUUACUCUUCUUGGAUGUAUAAUCCUUACUUUAGUCUGCGGGGACAAAGUCCCUACGAAUAAGUCGCCUGGUCACCGACCCGUUCAUCGACGUCCCCAUAAUCUUCACAGGGCACCGUAUAAAGGAUACGAUUGGUACAGAACCUAUGAGCUUAAUCUUGAACCGAUACGAAAGGAAUCACAUAAGAAGACCACACAGGAGGAUGAGAAACUAUAGAUUAACGAAAAUUAGUGGUUGGAAUUCUUUGAAAAAUUACAAAAAGCUUCCAUAUUUAAUAUCAUAAUUCUAAAAGCAAAGUAUAUAGCUUUUUAAAACUUUAUUAAACUAUGCGAAAGUGCGAGAUA